AUGACGUACGAAGAGAUAGGCGCGUAUCUCGAUGAUUACUGUACUCGAGUGCUUCAGUUGCUGCGCACGCAUGCGAAAGACCUGUCGUUCAUCGAAGUGGAUGUUUGGUCCCUAGUACCCACAGUACUCUUGCCUAGGCUUGCGGAUGUACUAGAGAGUGGGAAUGUACCGGAAUACAAACUUGAAAUGCCUUCUUCCAGCAAAGCCCUCACAUUCUUCAACCGAGUCUUCGGGGCUCAUGACGGGUCCCUGUCGCCAACAGAGGUGCAGGCACUGCUGGAAGCACUGGGACGCAUCCGCACGGUUUGUCAAGCUGCGCAGGAUGAAGGUGUCGAUCUCGUGCUCAACAUUGACGAAGGGCCUCCCAGGUCAGCGGCUGAAGAUCAAACCCUGAACCACUUUGCAUGUGAAGUUGUUUUGUCCAUGACAUUAAAGAGCGUGGAUGUUCUCAAUGCAGCCGGUGUCUUCUCUACACACUCCGGUGAGGAAUCGAGCAUUGCUGACGCAGGCGGCAAACAUGUAUCAUCUCGCACACCAACAUCGAACGUUUAUAAGCGAUAUAAACUCACACGGGAAGGCACGCAGCAACUACAGGAGGAUGUGACCAACAGUGAAGCGUUUGAAGGUACUAGUAACAGCUCUCACCGGUUCUUGGGUAUAGUUCUGGUUGGGGGCAUUGCUGGACAGGACCCUACGGUGGAAAACUCAUAUUUGCGACAGGCCACACAAAUUGUAGCGCCGCUAUUGGCCGCUCAACAGAGAGAGGGCGUUCCGCGGAUAGGGGUGAUAUACUCAAUACACUCCGCAGAACAGGGCAGUAUAGUCACCCAGGCCUUUACCAAGAUGUAUCAGACACAUAUGUCAACUCGCAGUCAAGAUGUGGACUCUAGGGUAGUGCAGGCGACUGAUACAAAACCACAAGUGAAACAGCAGACAAAAGAAGAUGAAGGUAUCCAGCACCCGCACUCCGGGAUGGAGAUGACGGGUUUCUACGGUGUGCGCGUCAAUCAGCGCUUUAAUAUCGCUGACACAGUGUCUUGCCAGCUACAGCAAUCCCUGAGCGCAAUUACACGUGACAAAUCUACACCCGCGAAAGCUAUAGGUGGACUGGGUUCUUCAGGGAUACACUCGGAUACAAAGUCACGCCCGGUGGUGAAGACGGUGGCGGUGGGUGAUGUGGAUGCAAGAGUGCUGUACUUAAACCGCUUGGUCACCAAGUAUAGUGGGGUACUGCUAAAGAAUCCUGACACCAAAAAAGUCGGCAAGUUUCUUAUCAACCCGUGAAGUGGAGUAUAGCGGGAUGCUACAACAGAAUCUCGACUUAAAAUCGUCAACUCUUCUACCAACUAUAAUAGCGGAGUAUAGCGGGAGGUGCGUAAGAAGCAUUCUAUCUAGGAAGUGGGCCAAUCUCUUUUCAACCUCUGAGAUAGAAUAUUGUGGGAAACUGCCGAGUAUUUUGACACCAAAAAAGUACGGCAACUUCCUUACCAGCCGCUAAUACGGAUCUUCUG